AUAGCUCCUUGUCUCUGCAAUAAAUUGCCCCCUACUCUCCUUUGCUUCUUUACCUUACUACUUCCUUAAUAGCUUCUCUCUCUCUCUCUCUCGCUCGCUCGCUCGCUCUGUGAUUAUAUUCAACCCCUAUGGACAUAUGGUGUUCUUGCUGUGCUGUCUUUCUCAACAUCUCUAUCUCCUAACCAUGACGAUCGAUGGUAAAUGAAAGGUGAAAAACAAGUGCACUGAAAUCUCAUUCAAUGGCAAUGGCUUCAUCAUCAAGUCGUUCUCAAAGCGCAAGCCAGGCCCAACGCCUAAUUUCAGUCCAAACAAUCAGUAAGCCGAUAUCCCCAAGAGUACAAAUUGUACACUAUAGAUGGUAGCUAGCUAGGGUUAAUUUGGAAAUUGAAAGCAACCAAACAAGCUAAGAGUCUAAGAGGGAGAUAUAACAUGUUUCCCUCACACAACAACAAUCUUAACGAAUUAGUACCCGUGUCUUAUCCUCAUGUCGAUCAAUCAAUUUUCCAUAGCUGGCCAUUUCACCAUGACAAUUCUACAUUAACUCCCAAUUCCCUUACUAUUCUCAACCCCAAUCCCAACUCCAGGCAACAAGAAGGAGGAGAAGAAAACCUUCAUCAACAACAUCAACACCUUCCUUUUUCUUUGCUCUACUUCCCCUCUCCGUUUGAAGACGACGACGUUUUACUCUUUGAUCAGCAACACCAUCACCAAGAACCUGACCAUAUUGAGCUUUCACUUCACCAGUCUCAAGAACCACCUUAUUUUAUGAAGGAAGCUGCUGCUGCUGCCGCUGAUGACAACACCGUAGUAGGCAAUGAUCAUCAGAAGACCACUACUACUAGUGUUAAUAGAAAAAUGGUGGACUGGGAUUCCAACAAAAAGGGCCAUCGCAUGAACAUGGAUGAUCAGCCGCAGAUCCCGAGAAGGAGGACUUGCAAGAGAGAUCGCCACAGCAAGAUCAACACUGCCCGAGGCCCCAGGGACCGUAGGAUGAGAUUGUCCCUCGAAGUUGCCCUUAAGUUCUUUGGCUUGCAAGACGCGUUGGGGUUUGACAAGCCCAGCAAAACCGUGGAGUGGUUGCUCAUUCAGUCGGAACCUGCAAUCAAGAAACUAUCAAGAGAUCAUCAUCGACAAUUCAACUACAAACACAUGGUGAGAUGUGCAAAAACCACAUCUCCAGCUACUUCGGAGUCGUGCGAAGUGCUAUCCGGCGUCGAUGAGGCUCCAACAAACGUUAACAUUAGUAGUAAUGGUAAAGUAAGAAGCCGCGGGAUCAAACCCUCAGCCAAAGAGAGAAAGAUUGUCCACAGGCAAUCAAGGAAGAGCGCAUUUCACCCUCUUGCAAAGGCUUCCAGGGAAAACGCAAGGGCAAGGGCGAGGGAAAGAACAAGAGAAAAGAUGCAGAGGUCAAAGAAGCCUAGUAAUGAUCAGGCAAAUUCAAGCCGUUUGAGUUCUUGGAACCCAUUUGAAACUGAGGAAGAAUCACCAAUUCACAACAACAAUAUGACCAGUACUACUAAUGAUCAGCCCAAUUCAAGGGCGGUGCUGCGAGAUUACCCUGAUGAGGUUGAAGAACCAUUAAGCAGCUCCCAAGCCGGAGAUAUUCAAGACAUGGUUGUUGAUCAUGGUACUACUCAUGAUGCUAUGGUGGUACUGGGAAAGUGGAGUCCUCCUCCAGUUUUCACUCGUCUCCAGCAAAACACCGGUAUUUCCCAAGAGCACCAACAGUUUGCAGACUUUCAAUUCUUUGGCAAACCAUGGGAGGUCGACAACAAUACUCAUAAUCAAUCUAUUCUAAGUGGAAAUUUUCUCUCUUGAAUCAUUAAAUCUCAAUUACAAGUGCCUGAAAAACAUUCUGAUCAGUAAUUCGUGUACAUGUUUAUUCUGUUUGGAAUAAUGUAAUAUAGCAAAUUAAGUGUCUUAAUUUUCAAUCGUUGUGUACUUUCCCUCUAAACUAGUAUAUGUAAAUUAAUGAUUUACAUCUA